GUGCUCAACCUGUUCCUGGCUUUGCUGCUGAGCUCCUUCAGCGCCGACAACCUGGCGGCCACGGACGACGACGGCGAGAUGAACAACCUGCAGAUCUCGGUGAUCCGCAUCAAGAAAGGCAUCGCCUGGAGCAAGGCGCGGCUCCGCGAGUUCAUGCAGGCUCAUUUCAAACACAGAGAGGCCGACGAGGUGAAGCCCCUGGACGAGCUGUACGACAGGAAGGUGAACUGCAUCGCCAACCACACGGGAGCCGACAUCAACAGGGACAUCGACUUCCAGAAGAACGGCAACGGCACCACGAGCGGCAUCGGCAGCAGCGUGGAGAAAUACAUCAUCGACGAGGAUCACAUGUCCUUCAUCAACAACCCCAACCUGACCGUGCGCGUCCCCAUCGCCGUCGGGGAGUCCGACUUCGAGAACCUCAACACCGAGGAUUUCAGCAGCGACACGGAGCCCGACGGCAGCAAAGAGGUGGGAGGGGGAAAAGAUCCGUGUUGCAUGCAACGCUGCAAAUGCUGCCAGGUCAAUAUUGAGGAAGGGCUGGGAAAGUCGUGGUGGACCUUGAGGAAAACUUGUUUCCUCAUCGUGGAGCACAACUGGUUUGAGACUUUCAUCAUCUUCAUGAUCCUCCUGAGCAGUGGGGCUCUGGCUUUUGAGGACAUUUACAUCGAGCAGAGGAAAACCAUCAGGACCAUCCUGGAGUAUGCAGACAAAGUGUUCACCUACAUUUUCAUCCUGGAGAUGCUGCUCAAGUGGUGUGCCUAUGGAUUUGUCAAAUUCUUCACCAAUGCCUGGUGCUGGCUGGAUUUCCUCAUCGUGGCUGUGGUUGUCAAUGCCUUGGUUGGCGCUAUCCCUUCCAUUAUGAAUGUCUUGUUGGUCUGCCUUAUCUUCUGGCUGAUUUUCAGCAUUAUGGGGGUUAACCUGUUUGCCGGGAAAUAUCAUUACUGCUUUAAUGAAACAGCUGAGCAUCGCUUUGAGAUAGAUGUUGUUAACAACAAGACAGACUGCGAAGCUCUGAUGCCUCCCAACUCCACGGAGAUCCGGUGGAAGAACGUGAAAAUUAACUUUGACAACGUUGGGGCAGGGUACCUGGCUCUGCUGCAAGUGGCCACAUUCAAGGGCUGGAUGGACAUCAUGUAUGCAGCUGUAGAUUCCAGAAAGCAAGAAGAGCAGCCCAAGUACGAGGACAACAUUUACAUGUACAUUUAUUUUGUUAUCUUCAUCAUCUUCGGCUCCUUUUUCACCCUGAACUUGUUCAUUGGUGUCAUCAUCGACAACUUCAACCAACAAAAGAAAAAGAUAAGUGAUCUGUGUUUGCUGAUCUGCAAAAUAAAAUCUGCCAUUUCCAAUCCUAAACCAUUCCACACUUCCACUAUGUUUUUUUUUUUCUUUUGUUAUUUUUUUUCUGUUGUUCCCAAUCCCUUUCCCGUGGCCCAGAACCGCGUGCAGGGCGCCGUGUUCGACUUCGUCACGCAGCAAGCCUUCGACAUCGUCAUCAUGAUGCUCAUCUGCCUCAACAUGGUCACCAUGAUGGUGGAGACAGACACGCAGAGCAAGCAGAUGGAGGACAUCCUGUACUGGAUCAACUUCGUCUUCGUCAUCUUCUUCACGUGCGAGUGCGUGCUCAAGAUGUUCGCGCUGCGCCAUUACUACUUCACCAUCGGCUGGAACAUCUUCGACUUCGUGGUCGUCAUCCUCUCUCCCGUAGGGAUGUUCCUGGCCGAGAUCAUCGAGAAGUAUUUUGUGUCUCCCACGCUGUUCCGGGUGAUCCGCCUGGCUCGCAUCGGCCGCAUCCUGCGCUUGAUCAAGGGGGCCAAGGGGAUCCGCACGCUGCUCUUUGCCUUAAUGAUGUCCCUGCCUGCCUUGUUCAACAUCGGCCUCCUGCUCUUCCUCGUCAUGUUCAUCUUCUCCAUCUUCGGCAUGUCCAACUUCGCCUACGUCAAGCACGAGGCCGGCAUCGACGACAUGUUCAACUUCGAGACCUUCGGCAACAGCAUGAUCUGCCUGUUCCAGAUCACCACGUCGGCCGGCUGGGACGGGCUCCUGCUGCCCAUCCUGAACCGGCCCCCGGACUGCGACCUGGACAAGGAGCACCCGGGCAGCGGCUUCAAGGGCGACUGCGGCAACCCCUCGGUGGGGAUCUUCUUCUUCGUCAGCUACAUCAUCAUCUCCUUCCUCAUCGUGGUCAACAUGUACAUCGCCAUCAUCCUGGAGAACUUCAGCGUGGCCACGGAGGAGAGCGCCGACCCGCUGAGCGAGGACGACUUCGAGACCUUCUACGAGAUCUGGGAGAAGUUCGACCCCGACGCCACGCAGUUCAUCGAGUACAGCAAGCUGGCGGAUUUCGCCGACGCCCUGGAGCACCCUCUGCGCGUGCCCAAGCCCAACACCAUCGAGCUCAUCGCCAUGGACCUGCCCAUGGUGAGCGGCGACCGCAUCCACUGCCUCGACAUCCUCUUCGCCUUCACCAAGCGCGUCCUGGGCGACAGCGGCGAGCUCGACAUCCUGAGGCAGCAGAUGGAGGAGAGGUUCGUGGCCUCCAACCCUUCCAAAGUGUCCUACGAGCCCAUCACCACCACGCUGCGGCGCAAGCAGGAGGAGGUGUCGGCCGUGCUCAUCCAGAGGGCGUACAGGGCUCGGCUGGCGCGGCGCGGCUUCGCCGGCGGCCGCAGGGUGGCCGGCACCAAACUGGAGAACGGGGCGGCCACCAGGGAGAGGAAGGAGGGCGGGACCCCGUCCACGGCGUCCCUGCCCUCCUACGACAGCGUCACCAAACCCGAGAAGGAGAAACAGCAACGGGCGGAGGAGGGCAGGAGGGAAAAGGCCAAGAGACAAAAACAGGAACACAAGUGUUGAGACACACACACACACAAACACAAACACACACACACACAGAGAGAAAAAAAAAUAAU